CGAAACAAGGUAACAAAAAAGGAAUCAAAGGCCCAUUUGAGUGAUAUAUAUUCUUUCUCGUCUCAAAGCAGCCACUCUGAUUAGGGUUUGGGCAUCCUUCUUCUGAAAUGGGUAAGGGAACAGGUAGUUUCGGUAAGAGAAGGAACAAGACCCACACACUCUGUAUUAGGUGUGGCCGUCGCAGUUUCCAUCUCCAGAAAAGUCGCUGCUCAGCAUGUGCUUACCCAGCUGCACGUGUCAGGAAAUAUAACUGGAGUGUUAAGGCUAUUAGGAGAAAGACUACUGGAACUGGUAGGAUGAGGUAUUUGCGUCAUGUGCCUCGCAGAUUCAAAAGUGGAUUCAGAGAAGGGACCGAAGCUGCACCCAGGAAGAAGGGAGCAGCUGCCUCUGCAUAAGAAUUUGGAAGAUCAUUAUCAGCUGGUCUAAUUAAUUUUAGGAGCUAAGUUUUUGUGUUGGAACAUGGAUCUUCUAAACAUUAUUCUAUCUUUUGUUUUGAUUUCCUCUUUUAAUAUAUAGUUGCAUUGUGUUUCAACAUGAGGUUUGUAAGACAAUUUUGUUGUUUAAUGAGAAUUUGAGUUGGAUAUU